UUAAAAGCUGAUCGUUAUUCUUGUUUCUGGUGAGUCGUACAUUUACUUUCAAGCCAUGAAAUAUUUGGUGCUGCUGGCCACAACCUUAUGCCUUCUGAACCUCUCAGAAGCAUAUAGAAUUGUAGGGGGUCGAGAGGCCAAAGCACAUUCCAGGCCAUACAUGGUGUCUCUACAGAUCAAGAGUCAAAGCUUCUGUGGAGGAGCCCUCAUCGAUCCCAAAUGGGUUCUAACUGCAGCACACUGCAUGGAAGACACACCCGUGGACAUGGUAAGAGUUGUUCUCGGAGCUCAUAACCUGAAUCAACCAGAUGACUGUGUUCAGGUAUCACCUGUCCAAGAAUCAUUUCAGCACCCAGGAUAUAACCCAAACAGCUUACAGAAUGACCUUCAGUUGCUAAAGCUGAACACAUCGGCCAAUAUUACUCCCUAUGUAAAAACUAUUAAGCUUGCUUCUGCUGACACAGAUGUGCUUCCCGGGACCUCUUGCUCUGUUGCUGGCUGGGGAUACGUGUCAGAUUUUGGGACUUUACCCAGGGCUCUGAUGGAAACAGAUGUAAAUGUGAUCACACUUGCGGCCUGUAAUGUGUCUUGGAAACAGAGCAUCUUUGACACCAUGGUCUGUACCGCAAGCCAAGGGCUGCGCAUCAAGGGUUUCUGUUCUGGUGACUCUGGAGGACCCCUUAUUUGUGAGGAUCGUGUUGAAGGAGUGGUUUCUUUCUCCGGAUUUCGCUGUGGCAAUCCUAUCACUCCUGAUGUUUACACUCGCGUUUCAUCAUUUAUGUCUUGGAUUAAAUCAGUGAUAAACAGAGCCUGAGAGAAAACACAUUCAAUAUUUUUGAUUUACAUGGAUUUAUAAUAUGAAUGUCCAAUGAUUUAAUUCAUAGCAGCUGCCAGGCAAUUUUUAUAGACCGCAUUAAUUAACUGGUAUGUUGGCUACUAAAGCCACUAACGCUUGCAUGAAGAAAAAAUAGACAACUGCUGUUCAGAAAAUGUGCUAAUUACAAUAAAUAUAAAGACAAUUGUGUAAGAGAA